CGCGCUAAAAAUAUCUUGCAUUUGCCGCUCAUGCCCGUCAUGAUCCCCAUACAAAUACCCGUAAACCGGGUGUAUACAACUCCUCUGUUUGUUAUCUUUCACUCAAAAUGUCGUCCGUCAAGCCCCUUGGGCUACCCCAAUUUUUGUCGAAAGACUACAGCUCCUUCUUCCUUGCAGGCGCAUUGUGUUGCACGAUAAGUCAUGUUGCAAUGACCCCCAUCGACGUCGUGAAAACUCGUAUUCAAAUCGACCCAUCUUACAAGGGCUUGGGAUUCGUGUCCGGAACACGCUAUGCCAUCGCGCAGGAAGGAGCAUCUACUCUUCUCACUGGGUUUGGUCCGACAGCUCUUGGUUAUCUCGCCCAAGGCGGGGCGAAAUUUGCUGGGUACGAAUUUUGGAAACUCACCCUCGUCAAGGUUUCCGGAGAUCAAGAGACAGCAGUAAAAUACCGCACUGCGAUAUAUUUGGGUGCUGCAACUGUCGCAGAAUUUUUCGCCGACAUCCUUCUGACACCCCUGGAAGCAACUCGAAUCCGUAUGGUAUCGGAACGAGGAUACGCCACUGGUCUUGUCAGCGGAUUUACGCGUUUGGCUCGGGAAGGUGGUGUGUCCCAGCUUUAUGCUGGUUUCCUUCCUAUCCUUUGCAAACAAAUCCCUUAUGCUAUCGGCCAGUUCACUGUGAACGAAUUUUGUCACGAGCUAGCAUACCGGAAUAUGUCUGAAGAGAUGAAGCGUUCCUUGUCCGAUACCUACAAAUUCGGAGUUUCUCUUGGUAGCGGCAUCACCGCUGGGUUUGCUGCCGCCAUUCUUAGCCAUCCGGCUGAUACUCUCCUAAGCCAAAUCAAUAAGGGGCAUGGUCCGACAGGUUCGAUGACGCAUCGUCUGGUAGUUCUAGCUAGAGAAGCUGGGUUUAAAGGCCUAUUUGCGGGUUUGGGACCCAGGAUGAUUAUGACUGCUGGGCUAGUUUCUUCGCAGUUCCUCAUGUACGGAGGAAUCAAGAGUGCUUUGGGCGCACCUGCUGGCGUAGAAAUCCACAAGGCAUGAUAGGUUCCCCCUUCUUCUUGCCAUCAGUCAGAUCCCAUCCAGUGUAUC